AUGUCUUUUCAACUACGCCCUAAGCCGCUGGAGAGCAUCAGGGCAGGCUUGGCUCAACGCGGUGGGGCUGGCCGACCGAAGGGAAGGUUCGGCCGGAAGAGGUUGCAUGAGAUGAUGGCAACAUACAAGGCGCGCGUGGAGCAAGGCCAGCUGGAGUUUGCUGACAUGCAUGUGCGGGACCUCUCCACCGCGAUGUUGGAUGCGGCGGUAGAAGUGGACAAACAUGAGGAGGUCUGGCGACCGGCAUUCCUCAAGCGCCAGAGCAACAGGGGUGUGCGAAGGGCAGAGGCUCUGCGCAAGCUCACAAAGCAUAGAUCGCAGCUGGAGAAGGCAGCCUUGGCGGCCACUGCGUGCAAGGCAGGCUGGGAGAAAGGAGUCGAGUACUUCCGCGCCGUUGUGAAGGAGUGCCGAAGUGCAGUUGCGGCAACGUCUGCUGGGCUCGAUUCCUCGCCCUGA